AUCGGUGAUAAGAACAUAACGCAUAACCAUGUCCUUGACUGUUCUGAGUCUGUUAUGGAGCGGACAUAAAUCGUCAUGGGUCGAAGAUAUUGUUUCGCCUCGACAGGCGCUCUGUAACAAAUCGAGACGAACAACUAUUCAUACAAAUCAGAGCAUAUCAUGCCUCGCGUCUUCCUAGUAACGGGCACUUCGAGCGGCUUCGGCUACGAGCUGGUCCAAAGGAUCAUCGCUGAGGGCGACAUCGCCGUGGCCACAGCACGAGACUCCUCGAGGCUCACGUUCGACAACACCUCCCCUAAGAACUUUCUGGCUGUCGACCUUGACGUCACCAAACCCGCCUCCAUAGACUACGCCUUCAACAGGGCGCUGUCCAGUUCGGCCGCAUCGACGUGGUCGUCAAUAACGCAGGCUACGGCCUGAGCGGGCCCUUUGAAACCCUCACGGACAGGCAGAUCCGCACGCAGAUGGAUGUGAAUUUCUUUGGCCUCCUCGACGUGACGCGCAAGGCCCUCGAAGUGAUGCGCGACAAGAACAGCCCUCCCGGCGGGCUGAUCCGGCAGGUUGCCUCCAUCGGCGGCCACAAGGGCACGCCGACCAUUUCCAUCUACUGCGCAUCCAAGUGGGCCGUCGAGGGCUUCACGGAGUCGCUAUCCCGCGAGCUCAAACCGGAGUGGAACAUCCACGUGCAACUUGUCGAGCCAGGCGCUUUCCGCACCGACGCCACCGGUCGCAGCAUGGUCUUCGGCGAGGUCGAGAACAAAGCCUAUGACCACUUGGACGCCAGGAAGACCGCUGCGGGACGGCACGGCGCGGAGCCAGGGGACACCGCCAAGGGCGCGACCGCCAUGUACGAGCUGGCGACUAUGAACGAGCCACCGUUGCGUUGUGUCAUUGGUAGAGACGCGUAUAAGGCGAUGGAGAUGAAGCUGGAGAUGUACGCAGAGAAUAUCAAGAGGUUCGAGGAGCUGAGUACCAGCACGGACGUGGAUGAAUAGCCAUAUAAAGUGAGGCGAUUGCAGCAGUUUGCUACCUUUUGGCGGAGAAACAUGCACCUCGGAUUCCUCCCAUGGUCGCCCCUGUAGAUAGUGGAGGCUAUAGGCAGUAUGAAUACAACUUUCUCCAC